CGCUGUGUCGUUCGUCUCUCCCACCAUCUGCGAUCAGUGUAUUCGAGCGGGCGAGUUGGGUCAACGACUCUGACUUUCGACACUGCAAUUGUAGACCUAGUACGUUGCCAAGAUGGUGGUGUUGGGGGACGCGAGGCCUAAUAACCGUGCCAGAAGCACGAUGUACUUGAAUCAGAACAAUCGUGGUCGCCGCGCCUCACAGCCUGCUAAGAAUGGCCGCGCGGCCCGCCCUGCCAACGGGGCUGCCGCACCACCCCCGUAUACCCCAUACCAAGGAACGAACUCGUAUGUGCAGUGCGUAGGACAUGGGCCUAGCGAGAGAUCGCCCCUCAACGGCGAUCUCCCUCGACAUGGCUAUCGAACUGAGCCGCCCCCACCGCCGAUCAAGCGUCCGAACAAGGCGCGGGCGGUUCCCAAAUGGGUCUGGAUCCUGUUUGUAGCGGCUUUCAUCGUGGGGAUCGUGGUCACGGUCUUUGGCAUACUACAGACCUGCCGUGCCAACAGACAGACCCACCGCGCCGACGCCCUAGACCGCCGCCUGGCGGAGUACCCACCCACGCGCGUGGAGCUCGACGCGCUCAAGGCAGAGUGGGCGGAGGAGCGCACGACGCACGAGGCGCAGUACGAGACGUGGGCGCACGACCGCGGGGUGUUCGAGGAGGAGCGCGAGGCGUGGCGCGUCGCGGGGAAGGAGCACGAGAUGGACAAGGAGCGGUGGGUGAGGGGGCGGCGCGCGUACGACGCGGAUACGGGGCGGUGGAGGCGCGCGAUGCAGGGGUAUGAGGCGGCGAAGAGGAGGUGGGCGGAGGAGCAGGAGGGGUGGGCGCGUCAGAGGGAGACACGCGAGCGGGAGUGGACGGAGGAGGCGGACCAGCACCGCGUGCACGAGGGUAAUGUGCUGGGCUUGUCUUGGGGGCAGAUUGAGAGCCACCAGUGCGUCCGCUAUGGGACUCGGGAGUAUACGGCGCACCUUGCCUUUGAUGUGAAGGAGGCGUGCCAGCAUAUGCCCAUCGUUGUCAAUGGCGCUGCGGUCAGCACGCCUCACGAGUGCGUCAUGGAAGGAGACACUCUUGUGAGCCGCUGGAACAUCGACCAGGGCGAAGCAGCAUGCAAGCCCUACUGGGGCGACCUGUAUGACAAGGGUUGUAUUGGCCAGGGCUCUGGCAAGCACCGCUUCGAAGCCCGUCUGUGGGAUCUUCAUGGUGACAUGGAUUGGAUGGUCAUGUGUGCCACCACCCCCACCGACAUCCGUGGCCAGCGUUUUGAUGGCCCGACGCAUUGCGAAAACCGAGGCGCAUUCUAUGGGAUGGUCGGCAUGUGGGACGUCAACGACUCUCAGUGCCAGUGAAUGAAUCCCAUUCAGUAGAGCUUCAAUACUUUCCGGUUUCAAUGUGUCAGUUCUUGUUCUGUCUACGCUGUCGCUCUCCGGUCACUGUUGUGUGUACCAAUCACGCUGUCCGCUCGCACGUCCGUUCGUAUGUCGCCGUCUCAUACAUGUAUGGUCGUGGUAUCGAAAGUCUGGCUCUGCU